AUGGGCCAGGAUGAAGCUCUUGUAGAUAGGAUGCCUGGCCUCACAAGAGAUAGAAGGGAAGGAGUAUCUGAACUCUUUCCUCUACCAGUUAGGAUAGUCGAUACAGCUGGAUUUGAGGAUAUUGAAAACUUAGAUGAACCUGAAGCCCGGUCUAUCAACGGAAAGAUGAUGGAAGACAUGAUCGUUCAAACGAGAAAUGCUUUAAUUUACUCAGACCUCGCUAUUUUCAUUGUUGAUGCCAGAGAAGGAAUUCAGCACCAUGAUAUUGCACUUCAUAAAUGGAUAAUGGAGAGAAAAUUCUUAGAGGAAAAGCGUAAUCAGUACGAAAUUGAAACACAAAAACCUCUGAAUCCUGAAAUAAUCUAUGAAAAACCCUUGAAGGACUAUACUAGCAAAAAGGAGUACAAAUAAAGAGCUUGAACUAUAUGAGCUGCAAAAAAGUGAACAACAAAUGAAAAGAAAAGAGGUGAUCUUCAGAUCUCAGUUUCGAAACCCUCUUGAAGAGGCUGAUCCAGAGGGAAUCAAAAUUCCCAAAAUUAUCUACGUUGCAAAUAAAGCAGAGGAUGAGAACGAGGGAGAUAUCAACUCAGAAAUCUGGCAACUUGACCAAGAUGACAUCCUAUUCGUAUCUGCCAUGCAUGGGGAUGGGAUGCAAGAUCUCUUUGGGAAGAUCAUCAGCAACAUCCCUGAAGAGAAGCAUGAGGAGUACGAACGCCGAAGGGCUCUCAGAAUUCAACGUUACAAUGAAUACAAAGAAAUGAUGAUGCAAGAACUUGAGCAACUCAGGAUGAUCAACAUGCAUGAAACUGAAAGCCUUGACGUGGACUUCAACCCUAAAGAAUUAGCAAAUGAAUUUGACUUCCUCAAUCCAGAUCCAGAAUAUAAUAGUGAUUUUGACUCUGAUAAUGAGGUGAAUCCUUUAGAUACCCUAACACAAGUAGGGAAGCCUACCUCCAUUAGAGGAAUUUCUACUGAAAAUAUGAUGAAGAAGAAACCCAUCCAACUCUCAGUGAUUGGAAGGCCCAAUGUGGGUAAAAGUACUAUAGUAAAUGGCUUACUUAGGGAAGAUAGAGUCAUAGCCAACGAUCUCCCAGGAACUACUAGAGAUGCUAUCUCCAUCCAAUGGGUUCACAUGGGUAGAAGAGUCAACCUAGUAGAUACAGCAGGAGUUGACAUCAAAGCGAGAAACAAGAAUAGGAUCGAGCAUUUAAUUAAUGAAAAUAUGGAGAAAGUCCUGAAAUACUCCCAUAUAGCUAUUGUCCUAAUCGAUGCAAUGGAAGCAUUCACAAUUCAAGAUCUGAUGAUCAUGGACAAAGUCAUCUCUGAAGGUCGAGGACUUGUCGUAGCUGCCAAUAAAUGGGAUCUUGUAGCUGAUAAAUACAAAAGGAAAGCUGUCCAGUGGAUGAAUAAGCAGCUUGAGAAGAAAUUCAGACAAGCCAAAGGAAUCCCUCUCACUUUUGUCUCUGCUAAGACUGGCAUUAGGGUAGACAAAGUCAUGGACGAGGUCUUGAGAGUCUAUGAAAAAUGGAACACAAGAAUUUCUACAUCCUUACUAAACAAUUGGCUUACUGCUCUCAAAAGAGUGCAUAAGAUGCCUGGUGAGGAUGGAAGAUUCUUGAAUAUAAGAUAUAUAAUGCAGAUCAAAUCAAGGCCUCCAACAUUCUUCAUUUUCGUAAAUGACACCAGACUCGUGUUCGAAGUUUACAAAAGGUUCCUAAGGAACACUCUUAUUAAAGAAUUUGGGUUUGAAGGGGUACCAGUAAGACUCCUAUUCAGAGAUAAUAGAUACAUGUACCAAAAUAGGAACCCUCUUGAUAUACCUCACAGCCAGAGAACAAUCAUGAAGCGGAUUGAACUAAAUAGAAGACAACAGAUGAACAGUGUUACUUUCAGAAGAAGAUUGGCAGGGAACCAGUUCCUAUACUACAAGAAAGGAGUCUUUGGCAAGAGCAGAAAGAGGGUGUAAAUUUCUACUUAGGGCUAUCAAAUU